AAACCCGAGUGAGAAGCACAUCGUCUGCCUCGGACAGCAUGUCGGGCGUCGUCUUCCUCUCUCGGCAUUCCCUCGGCGCAGCCCAGGCAUCUCGGCACCGGUGCCUGGGAGCGGUGAAGGCUGCGGCAGGGGCACAGUACCGACAGAACAGCUCCUUCCACUCCAUAUCGGCCAGAGAUGAGGCGAGGCUGGCGGUGGACGCGAAGUGGGGGGCUGCUCGGGGAUCAAGUUCGAGAAAUUUCCUGCUGCCCAGGUCAUGGCACCGAAGGACGUCCCUCCCCCUCAUGCCCAGAAAUGCCUUUGCUUCCGUGAUAUCAACUCGAGGUUAUUGUGCACAGCAAGGUGAUAGUGGUGAGGGAGCUGGUGGAGGUUCUCGGCAUGAUGAAGAAGUAGCGGGUGAGGCGGCAGAGGGUCCGAUGAUGCACACCCUCCCAGCAACAAUGAUGGUGCCUGACGUUUGGCCAAGAGUGCCUGUCAUAGCCAUCAGUAGGCAUCCUGUGUUUCCCCGUUUCAUCAAGAUAAUUGAGAUAUCAGAUAAAGAACUCAUUGACCUCGUUCGAAGGAAGGUCCGUCUUAAUCAGCCAUAUGCAGGAGUCUUUAUGAAGAAGGAUGAGAGUGAUGAACGGGAGGUUGUUGAUAAACUGACCGACCUGCAUCCAGUGGGGACCUUCGUUCAGAUCCAUGAACUCCAGGACAUGGGAGAAAAGCUGCGCAUGAUUGUAAUGGCUCACAGGCGCAUCAACAUUACCUCAGUCCUUCAUGAUGAGCCCCUUGAAGAAGAGCAAUCUCUGGCUGAAACAGGAAAAAUGAAUGUAGAGUUACGACUGCCUCCAUUUACCACUGUCACUGUGCCUCUGGACAAUGCCACCCAAGAGAAAGACCAAGAGAAGCAAGAGGACAGUGACAGUGGGAAGUUGCGGCGAUUGUUGAGGAGGAAGAGAAGACCAAGUGAAGAGGGUGCUAAGGUACAAGAAGAGGCAACACCGGAAGUGCCAGUCAGCCCACCACCAGAAAAAGUUGACGCAGCUACUCAGACGCCAGUGCAGCCACCUCGUGUGCUCAUGGCUGAGGUGGAGAACAUCACCCAUGACAAAUUCCAGAUAACAGAGGAAGUGAAGGCCUUGACCCAGGAAAUCAUCAAAACUAUUCGAGACAUCAUAGCCCUGAAUCCCCUCUACCGUGAAAGUGUACAGCAGAUGAUACAGCACGGACAGCGUGUUGUGGACAACCCUGUUUACUUGGCUGAUUUGGCUGCCUCACUCACAUCAGCAAACUCUGUUGAACUGCAGCAGGUCCUGGAGGAAACUAAGAUCCCUGCAAGAUUGAUGCUGGCUCUGUCAUUGCUCAAGAAGGAAUAUGAGUUGAGCAAACUCCAGGCCUCUAUUGCCAAGGAAGUAGAGGAGAAGGUAAGAUCGCAGCACCGGAAGUACAUGUUACAAGAGCAGCUGAAGGUUAUCAAGAAGGAGCUCGGCAUAGAGAAAGAAGACAAGGAUGCUAUCGAGGAAAAAUUCAGAGCAAGAUUAAAGGAUAAAGAAGUACCGAAAGCAGUCCAGGAUGUGAUAGAUGAAGAACUCAAUAAACUUAGCUUUCUAGACAACCAUUCAUCUGAAUUUAAUGUUACAAGAAACUACCUCGAUUGGCUGACUAUGCUGCCAUGGGGCAUCACCUCUAAGGAGAACUUAGAGCUGAAAGAAGCUCGGGACAUCCUUGAUGAGGACCACUAUGGCAUGCAGGAUGUGAAGAAAAGAAUCUUAGAGUUCAUUGCGGUUGCUCAGCUUCGAGGAAGCACUCAAGGAAAGAUUCUCUGCUUCUAUGGUCCACCGGGUGUUGGGAAGACCAGCAUAGCACGGUCCAUUGCAAGAGCACUUAAUAGAGAGUACUUCAGGUUCAGUGUCGGUGGCAUGACAGAUGUGGCAGAAAUCAAGGGUCACCGAAGGACAUACGUGGGGGCCAUGCCAGGAAAGAUGAUACAGUGCCUGAAGAAAACAAAAACAGAGAACCCAGUGGUGUUGAUUGAUGAAGUGGACAAGAUCGGUCGUGGUUAUCAAGGUGAUCCUUCAGCUGCCCUUCUGGAACUCCUGGACCCUGAGCAGAACGCCAAUUUCCUCGACCAUUACCUGGAUGUCAACGUUGAUUUGUCUAAGGUGUUGUUCAUCUGCACAGCCAAUGUUUUAGACACCAUUCCAGAACCCUUGCGAGACAGGAUGGAGAUGAUUGACGUAUCAGGCUAUGUAGCGGAGGAAAAGAUGUCUAUUGCUAACAAAUACCUCAUUCCACAAGCUCAGAAACUCUGUGGCAUUACCUCUGAAAAGCUUACUCUGCACGACACUGCCAUCGAUAGACUCAUCCGCCAGUAUUGCCGUGAAUCCGGAGUACGUAACCUUCAAAAGCACAUAGACAGGAUUAUGCGUAGAGCAGCUUACAACAUUGCGAGUGGAGAGGCAGACACUGUAGAAGUAAACAAUGACAAUUUGGAGUUGUUUGUUGGAAAGCCAAAAUUCAGCCAUGACCGGAUGUAUCAGGAAACACCAGCUGGUGUCGUCAUGGGUUUGGCCUGGACUGCAAUGGGGGGAUCCACUCUUUACAUUGAAACAACUGCCUGGCCGCUGGAUGGAGACAAAGAGGGACGAUUUGAAACAACAGGUCAUCUCGGAGACGUUAUGAAGGAAUCAACACGCAUUGCAUAUACUUACGCAAAACACUUCCUCUCUGAGAAGUUUCCUGAUAAUAAAACACUUAUCCAGUCAAAUGUUCACCUACACGUUCCAGAGGGAGCAACACCAAAAGAUGGUCCAAGUGCAGGCGUGACCAUCAUCACUGCCCUGGUCUCCCUGGCACAAGGCAAGCCUGUGCGGCAAGACAUUGCUAUGACGGGGGAGGUUUCUCUCACAGGGAAAGUUCUGCCUGUUGGAGGAAUCAAGGAGAAAACAAUUGCAGCUAAACGCGUGGGGGUUAAAUGUAUCAUUAUGCCAGCAGAGAACAAGAAGGAUUUUGGCGACUUGCCAGAAUUCAUAACAGAAGGAUUAGAAGUUCACUUUGCAGAUAAUUAUGAAGAUGUGUAUAGAGUUGCUUUUGCAGAGUAAUGUUGUUUUCUUUAUAUUCAUUUAUGAAUGUAUGAAAUGUGAUAAUGUUCACAGUGUGAUAAAAUUGUAGUUUGAUGUUUCUGAUAAACAAAUGUAUCAUGUUUUGUGAUUGCAAUCACAAACUGCAGGGUCGAAUGUUUUUAGUUUGUGUGUAAAGCAAUGGGAAAUGUAGAUAUGAAUUGUUAGCCUAUGAAAAUAUAUCGUACAAUAGUAUUGUACAAAAAGGUUUAAUAUCCCCUGUUGUUGUUGAUUUGUAUAUACUGUAUAGGAAAUUGAAUUUGUCUAACUUACAAAACAAAUGAGAUAUCUUGCAACUUGAGCAUAAUUUGGUCAUAUUUUUUUCCUUUAACAUUUGAAACAAAAGAAAAUUCGAGAUUUCAGAAGAAAAUUGCAUACAGAGGUGACAAAUGAAUGUGACAUAUGCGUCACGUUUCCCAUUUCUGUGGUGGUAUGGAUGACAAAUGUACAUAUAUAAAUAAACCACAAUAUGUCCAGAUUUUUUUUUUAAAGAAUCGGGAAGCUUACUUUUAUAUUUAAUAAAAAAGUACCAAAAUA